UGGAGGAAGAAGGAGGCGAGGAGGCAGCCCGGAGCCAGAAGCCAACUCAUAUCUUAAUGAGAGAAACUGCACAAGUUACCUUUUUCAUUCAUAUUUUGGGUUUUUUGCUUCUUCUUCUUCUUCUUCCUCUACAGUUCUCUUCAAUCUCCUCCCCUUUCUUCCGGUCCAAAGCCACCUGUGAAAGGAAAGUGAAGGGGGCCACCCGUGUCUCUAUCUCCCUCUCUGUACAAACUUUCCCUGCGGACUCAAAAAUAGCAAAACCUUUUCCUCCUCCUUUGUGUAUUCCUUGCUUGCCUUUAAUCCGGCUAACAAAUUCACUACUUUCCCCCUCGUUUGCCUUCUCCGUCUCCAACUAACAAUCAAUCGGCAACCACCAGAAAGAAAAGCCUCUUCCUUUCCCUUCCCUUCCCUUCCCUCUCUUCGCCACAUUUCACAUUCCUCAACCUGCAACAUGAAGCCUUACCUUGCUGUUUUUGGCCUACCGGAGUCUAAGAAAAGAUCUUGGCUUUGCAGUGUCUUCAUUGCAGCUUCUUUGAUUUGUGGUAUAUACUUUCUGGGUUUUGCAUCUGUUGGAAAGGAAUAUAAGGAACAGAAAUUCACAAGAUGGCCAGUCAUUGGAUCGAUGUCAGGUGUAAAAGCUGCCAAGUGCAAGAAUCAACGGAUGCCUAUUGGCAGCGAGCCUUUGCCCAGUGGCAUAGUUGCUGAAGCCUCUGACCUGGAAAUGCGUCCUUUAUGGAGUGCUUCGACAAAAAAAGAAAAAAAACAGAAGCGUCCGAUGAGCUUGUUGGCAAUUGCUGUUGGAAUUCAGCAAAAAGAGGUUGUCAACCGAAUUGUUGGAAAGUUCCCAUCAAGUGAUUUCAUUGUGAUGCUGUUUCACUAUGAUGGUGUGGUGGAGAAAUGGGGGGAUCUUUCAUGGAGUGAUCGAGCAAUUCACAUAUCUGCUGUAAAUCAAACUAAAUGGUAUGCUUGGUUUGCCAAGCGGUUCUUGCAUCCUGACAUAGUUGCUGAAUACGAUUAUGUAUUUAUUUGGGAUGAAGAUAUUGGAGUGGAGAAUUUCAACCCCAGCCGAUAUUUGUCAGUUGUCAAAGAACAGGGGCUUGAAAUAUCGCAGCCAGCACUUGACCGUUCUAAGUCAGAGGUGCAUUUCCCUAUUACUGCUCGUAACAGAAAAUCUACAGUGCACCGGAGAAUGUAUAAAUACAAAGGAAAAGGAAGAUGCUUUGACAACAGCACUUCUCCACCGUGUACUGGUUGGGUGGAAAUUAUGGCACCUGUUUUCUCAAAGGCAGCUUGGCGCUGUGUGUGGUACAUGAUACAGAAUGACUUGAUCCAUGCUUGGGGUUUGGAUACACAACUUGGAUAUUGCGCGCAAGGCGACCGGGCAAAAAAUGUUGGUGUGGUUGAUUCUGAGUACAUAGUACAUCUCGGUUUGCCAACACUUGGAGUCUUUAACAAAACUGAGGCACAGUCUGAGACCCAUAAAGUCGAUAACAGGCCUGAAGUGAGGAUGCAAUCUCAUAUGGAGAUGCUGUUAUUCAAGAAGAGAUGGGAAAACGCAGUAGUGCAUGACAAAUGUUGGUUUGAUCCAUAUCAGUCCCCAGUAAACCAUACAACCAAGUGGUGACUUCAUCCGGAGGUGCUGCUGCAGCCUGCAAGAGAAGCGUGUGUAUAUACAUUUUGUGGAGCUCCAAGGAGAGGGGUUCGAGUUUGUCAGCAUGGGUAUUUAUGGUAGUGUGAUUGGAUUCCAGGUCUUGAAGUAGCUGAUUUUAAUCUGAUGACGGAGGCGGGGAAUGCCAUUGGAACGAGUGUCUGCAGAAUGGCAACUGGUAAUGCGGAGGAGAGGGGUGUGUGCAUAGUUUUGGUUGGGUUGGGUUGGGUUGGGUGUGUUCAAUCAUUCACCAUUCUUUGGUUUGUAAAUGUGCAACUUCUUCUUGAGGGGUUUCUGUGCUCUGCUUGUAAGCUUAUUUGGUGGUGGUUUGAUGAAAGUCAGCUAGUGAUUCGAGUUCUUUCGCUUGUCAAGCGUAGUCAAGUUUGGUAAACAGUUGCUGACUCUUCUUACUUUCAAGAUGUCCCAAGUGGUUUAGGAAAGACAUUAGGAGGGUUGUGAAGGUGCCCAUGUUGGUCAAAAUGCCAAACCAAACAAUCUGGAGGCGGUCAUGUUAGAGUAGAAUAGUAUAAAAUCCAUUAUAACGAACUGAUUGAUG